UGUGGCGCUUCCGGUCUACGUGAGCGGAAUUUCGCGCCGACUGGAGGCUGAGGGCCGGCGUCCAAGGGCUGAGAGUUGCAGGUUUUCUGAACUUGCUCUUUCUUCUCCUGGACCAUGGCCACAGACUCUUGGGCCCUGGCGGUGGACGAGCAGGAGGCAGCUGUCAAAUCGUAAGUUUGCAGUACUAGAGGUGGAAUGCCGGGCCUUCACACUGAGCUACAUCUCCAGCCCUCUUUAUUUAAAUGAGCAGUUUGCAGAUCAAGGAAGAGAAAGUCAAACUGGAUACCAAUGGUGUUGUCAAAGCCGGUCCCACCGCAGAGAAGACGGACGAAGAAGACAAAGAGGACAGAGCUGCCCAGUCUUUACUCAACAAGCUGAUCAGAAGCAACCUUGUGGAUAACACAAACCAAGUGGAAGUCCUGCAGCGGGACCCCAGCUCCCCUCUCUACUCGGUGAAGUCUUUUGAAGAGCUCCGCCUGAAGCCACAACUUCUCCAGGGAGUCUAUGCCAUGGGCUUCAAUCGACCAUCCAAGAUACAAGAGAACGCAUUGCCCAUGAUGCUCGCUGAACCCCCACAGAACCUGAUCGCCCAGUCUCAGUCCGGCACUGGAAAAACAGCUGCCUUCGUCCUGGCCAUGCUCAGCCGAGUGGAACCAGCAGACAGACACCCUCAGUGUCUGUGCCUCUCCCCAACGUACGAGCUGGCGCUUCAGACAGGAAAAGUGAUUGAGCAGAUGGGCAAAUUUUAUCCAGAGCUCAAGCUCGCUUAUGCUGUCCGAGGCAAUAAAUUGGAAAGAGGUCAGAAGAUCAGUGAGCAGAUUGUCAUCGGCACUCCCGGGACCGUCCUGGACUGGUGUUCCAAGCUCAAGUUCAUUGACCCCAAGAAGAUCAAGGUGUUUGUGCUGGAUGAAGCCGACGUGAUGAUAGCUACUCAGGGCCACCAGGAUCAGAGCAUCCGCAUCCAGAGGAAGCUCCCCAGGAACUGCCAGAUGCUGCUUUUCUCUGCUACCUUUGAAGACUCUGUGUGGCAGUUUGCCCAGAAAGUGGUCCCAGACCCCAACAUCAUCAAACUGAAGCGCGAGGAGGAGACCCUGGAUACCAUCAAGCAGUAUUAUGUCCUGUGCAGCAACAGAGACGAGAAGUUCCAGGCUCUGUGCAAUCUCUAUGGGGCCAUCACCAUCGCUCAAGCCAUGAUUUUCUGCCAUACCCGCAAAACAGCUAGUUGGCUGGCAGCAGAGCUGUCGAAAGAAGGCCACCAGGUGGCCCUGCUGAGUGGCGAGAUGAUGGUGGAACAGAGGGCUGCGGUGAUCGAGCGCUUCCGAGAGGGCAAAGAGAAGGUUCUGGUGACCACCAACGUGUGUGCCCGAGGAAUCGAUGUUGAGCAAGUGUCUGUGGUCAUCAACUUUGAUCUCCCCGUGGACAAGGACGGGAACCCGGACAACGAGACCUACCUGCACCGGAUCGGGCGCACCGGCCGCUUUGGCAAGAGGGGCCUGGCCGUGAACAUGGUGGACAGCAAGCAUAGCAUGAACAUCCUCAACAGGAUCCAGGAGCAUUUUAAUAAGAAGAUAGAAAGAUUGGACACGGAUGAUUUGGAUGAGAUUGAGAAAAUAGCCAACUGAGAAGCUCCCCAGUCACUGGUGCCGCCCUCGUCACCGCCCUUCGCGGAGUUCUGUGCUGCGUUGCCCCAGCCUCGACGGUU